UUUCUGCCAUCAGCAUGGUCUCAUGAUGAUGAUCGUGAUGAUGGUCGCUGUGGCCUGGAAUAUCUUACUCCCGCUUUUGUUAAUGUUCGUAAUUAUCUGGCCAAAGGGACUUUCAAAUGCCCAAAUUUGUUCAAAGUCAGCAGAGACAGUAUGUCGUGUUCAAAAAUGUCCAGCAAACCAAAUAGAGUGGGAUAAGGCAGCACGAAGAAAGGACUGUUCAGAGAUACAGAAGUAUAACAACUGUGCAAAAGUGGAAUACCAUUGUUUGGUGAAUGAAUUUAGGAAUGAAACCAUUGAGGUGUGCACAGUAUUGAGGCAUUUACAAGGAUAUUGCCCAAUAUAUGCAGAGAAUAAAGCAAAAAACGACUAUAAAAAGAAAUGUGCGAAUCAAACACCUUGCAAUUGCUCAAGUGGAUAUCUUUCAACAGAAGCCUAUAAAUGGCAGUGCUGUUAUAGCGGAAUAAAUAAUGAUCAAGACGUCAAGCUCUUCCCUAACAAUUAUUGCAGAGGGAAAACGAUUACCGCACACUCGGACAAGGACCAGAGCAACAAUUUACGUGUAGAAGUAUGGUUACCACCACUGUUAAUAGCAGCACUUGUAGUAUUGGUGGGCUGCAGCUGUGUGUGCUAUAGAAUGAAGCGUCAGAACAAAACUUUUCUUGAAGCGUUGAAAAUUUGGGAGAAUAUUCCUUGUACAUCUUUGAGGUCCUUGCAAUUGGAUUAUAGGAAAAAAGAUAGGACAGAUGCGUUAGAAAGGACUCCACUACAAAUAGAAGGGAAACAUACUCCAUUUACUGGAACAACAGAGGUAGAUGGUUCAAAACCAGAAAUACAAGAAGCACUAACUCCAGAUGGAGACAGUUCAAAUCAAGGAAUGUCAACAUCAAUGACACAAGAGGAAAUUAUGAGUUUGAAUUCAGAAACACAUGUCUUAGGUGCAUCAUCAGAAAAAGAAGUUGCAAAAUCAUUAAUGUCUGCAUUGCCAAACGAAGACGGCUUUAAACAAGGAAUGCCAGCAUCAGACACUAAAAAUAAGAUCAAAACACCAUCUGUAUUCGAAACAUCAGCAAAAAAAGAUUCAAAAUUGUCAACACCUGAAUCACCAAACAGAGACAGUUCAAAUCAAGGUAUGUCAGCAUCAGACACACUAGAAAAGAUUGUAACACCUGUAUUAGAAACAUCAGCGAAAGAGGAUUCAAAAUCAUCAACGUCUGAAUCACCAAACAAAGACAGUUCAAAUCAAGGAAUGUCAGCAUCAGACACACCUAAUGAAAAUGGCCCAAAACUUAGAACAUCUGCAUCAAAAACAACAGGGGGAGACAUCUCUAAAUCAGAGACUUCUACAAUUGUUCUGAGUGAAAGAGUUGAAAAUAUACGGAGGGAAAUGAGUCAUCUAAAGGCAGAAAUUGACUUAAUUUUUGGAAGAGGCAUUUGGGAUUUGAAUUAUAAACUAAGAAGUGCAAACCUGAAAAUCAAAUCCACGGAGCGGUCAAUUUAUGGCCUUAAUGAAUGUGCAGAUACAGCUCAGCUUGAGAUGAAAGCAUCAGAAGUUGAAAAAAAAUUGCAUCGACUACGUCUGAUUAUACAACCGAUGAGCAAAGGUUUCAACCAAACGAAUGACAAAUUAAUAUAUCCCAUGUCUGAAUUAGAAUACAAACAAGUUGAAGAUGAAGAUGAAGAUGAAGCCAAAGACAAUGAAGCACACAAAGCAGAAGAUGGUAACCUAACCUAUAAAAUGCAACUACUUACGAAGUACAUGAAGAGAAAAAAAGAUGAUGUUGUUUUGCUAGAUGUCGACGAUUCAGAAGGAGCGUCUUCAGAUGCCAUCAAUAAAAAAAAAGAAGUUGCUUUUGCAGAUAAGCCUUUUCUGGAAAAAUUAGACCAUCUUAAAAUUCGAACUGAGAAAUUACUGGGGGAUGUUGAGACAUUGAAGAACGCUGUGUAUGCCCGUCUCCGUCUUGGAAUUGCCGACACAAUCCUAGAAAGAUUAAAAGAAGUUGAAGAUGACAUCGAAAUUCUUUCAGAAUCUUAUAAUCUCAAUGCUUCGUCUCCUAACCAUCAAGCUAUUUCUAGAGAUAAACAAUUAGAGGAAUUGUACAAAUUAUAUGAAACGCUCAAGAAAAACUUUGAUGAAUUAAGACCUAAAGUUGGGUGAAAAUUGACAUGUCUUUGUUUAUUACAUAACCCCAAAAAAAACCAAAAUAAAUUGUUUUGCAGUUUCAAAAAACAAUUUUUAAUGAUAUUUUCACUAUGCUUAAUUUGCCAAUAAAUUAAAUGGAUUCAAAUUGUUAUCAAAAGAGGACACAAAUGGUUCAUUAUUUUUCAUCAAACUUUGCAUAGACAAGAUGCUGUGGAUAAGUUGCUAAAUAUGUGUGCUAAUUACUUGCUUAUUAAAGAUGAACACGACUCGUAAAAGGCAUUGUCUGCUAUAU